UUGGGUGGCUAUGAAGCAGCAGCCUACUUCCUUUUUUCUUUGGUUUACCUGAUCACGCGCUCAGUAGCUGUAUCACUAAUUGCGUCUCAAGUAAACACAGCAUCUACCGUCCCCGCUCCUGUUCUAUAUGAUGUACCAUCACCAGUGUAUUGCAUAGAGGUGCAGAGAUUUUUAGAUCAGGUUCAUGGUAAUAAAGUUGCUUUAAGUGGACUCCAAUUCUUCAGUGUUACUCGAAGUUUACUAUUAACUGUCGCUGGAACCAUAGUCACAUACGAACUUGUGAUGUUCCAGUUCAAUUCAUCUCAAGAGCCAACCGUUAGCAAUAACGCCAUAACUACCGUUGCUCCAACGAAUUGA